AUGGAACCAAUUGUACUGUCUGUGUCAGACGAAAAUAUAUUUUAUGAACUGUCUAGUAAGAAACAAAAUGGAACAGAUCGCUCUGAUAAUCGACACAUAAUAUAUCCAACACAUUUUAAAUACAUAUUCGAAGAUCCCGAAGAAACAAUACCAUCUUCAGCUGAACCAAUUUCAGAUAUUAAUGAGGAUGAUAGUGUUGAAAAUGUUAUUGUUCUAAAUUUUAAUGAAUCUCAUAAAUUAUUAAAAGUUGAAUUAUUAAGCGAAAAUGCUGAAUUAUUAUCGUUCAAACUAAAUAAGAAUCUGAAUUCUCUAACCAAAUUGGAAGAUUCGCAAAAUGAAGAUUCUAAUCAAGUUUUAGAUAUUGAACUUGAUGUCGUGUCAAAUUUUAGGAACAUUGACUCUUUGACUGAUGAUUUACCUUUGGAUAAACUUAUUAAAUUGUAUAAUGUUCAAAACGAUCAGAUUCAAAAGAUAACGGAUUCUAUAUAG